AGGAUCCAUUGUACUCUCGAGUAAACGAAGUUAAACUAAAACGAGACGAAGAAAGGACUAAUCGGGUAAGAAUUCUUGUAUCAGGACAACCGAAAUUAUCAGAUGAUAUAAAACAAAUUGAAUGUCAUAUUAUUGCAAACGAGGAAUUCACACAAACGGUGAACAAGUUAGUUCAAGCAGCGAAUGCUUCUAAGCUGAUUGGUACCACUUCGUGGAAGGAGCAGUUUGUGGAUGCUUUAACCGUUUCAGGUAGUGGCGACUUUAAUAGUGAAGAGGAUACUGACGAAGACGAAGUAGAGAUUGAUGAAGAUGAAGAUAUCGAAGAGAAAGUCGGGCCCAGCCGAGGCGAAUACUUCAUGCAUUUUAUUUCAUUAUUCUGGAAAAUUUGUUUUGCGGUAAUUCCGCCAGCAACGAUAUGCACAGCUGUGCUCGGCGAUGUCGCAUCGCAUUUCGGUUGUACGUUGGGUGUACUCGAUUCGGUCACAGCUAUAUGCUUUGUAGCGCUCGGUACCAGUUUGCCAG